UCUAGGCAUAGACGGCGCCUUCAAUAAUAUAGAAGUAAAUGCUAUAAUUAAUUCUCUGACACAUGGCGGCAUAGAUGACACUGUGUGCAGAUGGAUACUAUCGAUGCUUGAGAAUAGAAAGAUUAUAAAAUCAAACGGCACUGCAAUACAAAAAGUUAUGUGAGUAGAGGGACGCCUAAAGGAGUUGUCCUCUCCCGCUUCUACGGGUUGUAGCGCUGAACGAAAUACUACUCCAACUAAAUGGUGGGGCAGUGAAAGCAGUAGCAUAUGCAGACGUUAUAGUGUUGUUGGUAUCUGACAUGUUUCCUUCAACAGUCAGCGAUAUUAUGGAAAGAGCACUUCGAAGGUUAAACCUAUGGGCUAAGAACAAUGAACUAGGAGUUAACCCGAACAAAACAGAAUUGAUGCUAUUUACAAGCAGAACCAAAAUCCCUCAGUUUCAACUUCCGGUGUCCGUGAGCCUUCUACGUUAAUGGUACGCCAGCGGAUCAGUUCGGCUGAGAGGUUAGUCGGGAAGUAAGAUACCUCCUGGACGGAAGAGGAGGACGAAGACCCUCGCUGGAAGCGGGGAAUCCGCCGCUUCAACUGUCGUGGAUGACUCCACGUCGGGCGGUGAGGGGGAGGUGACGGGAGCGACGGUAAGGUCUCCACCGAAGAGCAAGGCGCGGUUGGGAUCGCCGCGUAAAGAGGACGGAAGCGUAAUGAGGGAGGGAGUGGUAGUGGGAGCGUGGUCCAUCCGGCUAGUACGGUGGGCAAGGAGUGGGCGUCGCGUAAUAGGGCGCUAUGAAAGCGAGCACUCGUGUCUCGAGUACCAAAAAAGAGGGGGGGACCUGUCGUUGUUGGGGGUGGGGCAGUCAGCCAUGUUGCGGCUGCCAAAAGAGUUACCGGGGAGCUGAACGAGCUUGUGUUUGAGUCGAGGAAUUUCGAGGUAGGGACUGCGAAGGGGCUGUUGGAGCUUGCCUCAAAGUAUGAGGCGCUCUUGAUGACGGUUAUUACCGGGAAUGCCCAUCUUCGCGGUCAAGUUGAUGCCCUUAGGGGAAGUUGUGGGGGACGCUAUUCAAUGCCGGCUCCGUCGGUACCGAUGCCUGCGCCCCCAGCACCUGUGCUGGAAGCUAUUACACCGGUGACGCCGAAGCUUGUGGAGACUUGUCCGGUCGUCGUUAGGAGUAAGGGGCCUGCAUCUUCCUCUAAAGAGGUAAUUCAGAAGGUGGUGAAGGAGGUGAAUCCCUCACUUGGCGUGAGGGUCCACGAAGUAAGACCUAUUAAAGGUGGUUGGGCGGUUAUUCGCACUCCCUCUGUUUUAGAGAGGGAGAGAGUGGCGAAUAACAAAAGAUUCGGGGAGGUGGCCACUGACGGUAGCACCAAUGUCGUACUUGAGGGUACGGACAAAUUGAUGUCCGCCCUCUUGGAGGCAGGUCGGUGCUACAUAAAGUGGGUUUCCUUCAGAGUGCGACCGGAUAGCCCCGUCGCUGGCUGCUUCUGCUGUAUGGGAUUCGAUCAUAGGGUGGCUGAAUGUAGGGCUAGAGCAGAUGUCUGUCGGAGGUGCGGUCAGGAAGGCCACAAAGCUGCCGGUUGCGUCAAUUCACCCCAUUGUCGCAACUGUGAGUUUAAGGGUAGACCAGCUGGGCAUCUGAUGAUGUCAGCUGUCUGCCCUAUCUAUUGUGGCAUUAUUUCCCUAUCUAUUGUGGCAUUAUUGAGCGCGCGCUCGCCAGAAACUGAUGGGGGGGAUUAUGGUGGAUUGGUUGUAUGGUAGAGGGUGGGUGCGGUAUUGCUCUACUCCAGGAGCCCUACGCCACCAAUGGUGUGGUUCGGGGUCUUCCUGGUGGUUUUACGGUCUUCACUGACCUUAGAGCUAACGCCGGAAUAGUUGUGAAUGAUCCACGCUACGAUUGCGUAGUUGUGGAUUCUUCACAUCUGGGUAUAUGUGUAGCGAUAGAAGGGGAGUUCGGUAGGAUGAUUGUCGCUAGUUUAUAUUGUAAAUAUAGCGAGCUCCUAGAGCCCUACCUGGGCUACAUGGAUACUACUUGCGAGUAGUAGCCCAUUUAUCCUAGGGUUGGAUGCGAAUGCCUCAUCCUCGAUGUGGUUUAGUAAGGUAUCCCGGCAUUCGUCUGGAUACCAAAGCCACAGUCGAGGCGAGGAAUUAAGCGAAAGGGUAGUGGCUAAUAGCCUCCACAUUUUGAAUGAGCCGAGCGAAUGGUAUACAUUCGAUCGGCCUGGGGCCGUGAGCGACAUUUACAUGACGCUUAUGAAUGAGGCAGCAAAUAGGGCUUUCAGCGUUAGAUGGGAGGUUAGGGGAGGAUGGGGAUUGAGUGACCAUAAUUUGAUUCAAAUUGUGGUUACCUCUCGGUCCCCUGCCUUGCCUUAUGAGAGUCCAUUGCGGCGAUGGCGUACCACUGGUACUGACUGGAACCAAUAUGGACUCUUGGUUAGGGAAGCGAAAUCCGGUAUACCGCUUAGCGAGUUUGAGGAGUUGGGGGUUGACGAGCAAAUUGCUCGUCUAUACGGGGUAGUUUGGGGGUUAAAUGAUAGGGUAUUUAGGAGGAGUGAAAGUCAUAAGAUUAGUAAAAUUAAAUGGUGGACGCGUGAGUUAACCUUGAAGAGGAGGACUGUCAGGCGUUUGAGGCGAAAGUUUCAACGCGCCCGACGGUCCAAUUCUGAUAGGCUGAUUACCUAAGCUGUGAUCGAGUGGUGCAACGGCUGGAGGAGCUUGGCUGUCCGGAAAUUUCUCUUUGGAGUUAUCUUUCGGACAGAAAGGCCUCUCUUGUAGGCAUGAAUGGGAGUGUGGAGACUGGAGUUGUUCGAGGCUGCCCGCAGGGUUCUAUCUGUGGUCCAUAUAUUUGGAACCUUAUGAUGGACACUCUGCUUGGGCGGCUCGAGUCACUCUGUAAAUGUUGUGCGUAUCCGGCCGACCUUCUUCUUAUGGUUAAAGGUAGUUCGAGGUCUGAAGUAGAACGGGCGGGAGGAGAUCUCUUAGAGAUUGUUAAUUCUUGGGGUUUAGGUGUGGGGGUUGAUAUAUCGAUGGACAAAGCGGUGGCAAUGCUGCUGAAAGCUAGAUUGUCGCCGGUUCGUCCACCGAUUGUCCGUGUGAACGGGGUCAGCAUCAGAUACGUGACGCAAGUCAAAUAUCUGGGGUUGACCAUAGGUGAAAGGAUGUGUUUUACUCCUCACUUGGCGAAUGUGAAGGAGCGACUGCAGGCAACCGUAGGCAAAAUACGACGUAUUUUGAGGACCGAUUGGGGUCUCGGACGUCGUGCUGUCCGCACCAUAUAUCGUGGCUUGUGUUGCACCAAGCGACAUCUUUUGUAAAUCUGAAUCUAAAUUUAGAAAGAAAAUGAAAUAUAAAAUUAUUAUAAGAACUUAUGAAAUUGAAUUAAUAAAUAUGGAAUUGUACAAAAUAGCAUACUUACCUUAAUAAUACAUUUAUAUUACCUUCAUUUACUACUUACCUUAAUUCUAUUACAAUAUUUAACGAAAGAUAAUUAUUUACCCCUUGUAUUUACAUUACCACUAGCUUAAGCCGUUAGUUUUAAGAUUUAGGCUAAGCAAUUCCAAGAACGGAAUAAAGAAGUCAUUGUAAUUUGAACGUGAAAUCGAUUGGAUGUGUCUUCAUUUUUAUCGCCAUUAUUUGUGACAGGCAAUUAGGCUUAUUAAUUUUAUUCGCGCAUUCCCAAGUUUUUAUUAUUGCUUCUCAAAAACGCUUGAGAAUUUUCAUGGCGCCCGAGCAGGGACUAAGUGCGUGAACUUAGUUAUAUUUUUAAUAAAGUGCCAACUAAUAUUGUUAGUGCUAACUUUCGUUUCUAAUUGCCUGUCAACUCGUUUCGUUUUCGGCCUUUCGACAAGUGAAGUGAAAACAAAUUAAACCUGAAAAAAAAAACAAAGAAAUAACAACAUCACAUACUUAUAUACAAAGGAAACACAAAGCAAAAACGUGUAGUCCAGUGGUACCGAAGUAUGUACAUACAAAACAAAAAAUAAAGAAAUAAAUAAAACAUAAAAAUUAAAGAAGUUUUUUAAAUAAAAAGAUAGAAAAGAGUGAAAGUGUUAACCACAGUGGCAAAUAUAUGUGCAUAUACCAAAAAAGGCUAAAGGAGAAAAAUAUAUUUAACAAGUAAGGAAGGGCUAAGUUCGGGUGUCACCGAACAUUUUAUACUCUCGCAUGAUAAAGUGAUAAUCGAGAUUUCAUUAUCCGUUAUUUACACAUUUUUUUAUUUUGUUGUAAAAUUAAUUAGAAUUAAAUUCUGAGAGAUUUACCGACAUUUUCGGUGAAGAAUUAGGUUAGGUUAGGUUAGGCACUGAGUUCUUCGUGUUCGAUAUCAGGGACCUUGAAAAGUUAUAGUCCGAUCACGACAAUUUUUCCACAAGGGAUACCUCAGCUCAAAUACCGUAUUUGUGUAAAGUUUUAUUCCGCUAUCAUCAUUCGUUCCUAAUGUAUAUAUUAUACAGAGAAGGCAUCAGAUGGAAUUCAAAAUAGCGUUAUAUUGGAAGAAGGCGUGGUUGUGAACCGCUUUCACCCAUAUUUCGUACAUGUCAUCAGGGUGUUAGGAGAAUAUUGUAUACCAAAUUUAAUUGAAAUCGGUUGAGUAGUUCCUGAGAUAUGGUUUUUGGUCCAUAAGCGGGCGACGCCACGCCCAUUUUCAAUUUUUAAAAAAUGUCUGGAUGCAGCUUCUUUUUGCCAUUUGUUCCGGAAAAUUUAGAGUUUCUGACGUUUUUUGUUAAUCGCACUUUUAGUGAUUUUCAACAUAACCUUUGUAUGGGAGGUGGGAUUGGUUAUUAUCCGAUUUCUUCCAUUUUUGAACUGUAUAUGGAAAUGCCUGAAGGAAACGACUCUGUAGAGUUUGGUUGACAUAGCUAUAGUAGUUUCCGAGAUAUGUACAAAAAACUUAGUAUGGGGCGGGGCCACGCCCACUUUUCCAUAAAACUUACGUCCAAAUAUGCCCCUCCCUAAUGCGAUCCUUUGUGCCAAAUUUCAAAUUUCUCAAUUUUUACUCAGGUUACAGCUUGCACGGACGGACGGACAGACAGACAUCCGGAUUUCAACUCUACUCGUCACCCUGAUUACAUUGGUAUAUAUAACCCUAUAUCUGACUCUUUUAGUUUUAGGACUUAUAAACAACCAUUAUGUGAACAAAACUAUAAUACUCUCCUUAGCAACUUUGUUGCGAGAGUAUAAAAAAUAAUACUUUUACCAUGUACAAUUUUUAACUCUUCAGUUUUCUUGUUUGUUAAAAUAAUUUGUCUUAUAUUUGUUAAUAAUUUCCUCUUUGAUAUAAAAAUGGUUCUCUAAUUCUUCUUCUGCUGAAUACACUGUUGCUAAAGUUUCUUCAUCUUCCAUAUUGUUUAUAGAAAAACUUGAUCUUUUGGAAAUUGUUUCAUCCAUAUUUUCUGAAAUAAUAUCCUGAUUUUCUUUUAUCCUACUUAAAAAGUCUGCUACUUUAUUUUCUUUGCCUUUUAACCUUUAACUUAUGAGGUAAAAUUUCGAAACGUAGAUUUACAGCCCUAUUCUCAUGCCCUCACAAAAGUCACCAACCCCACCACAGUGAGGCUUCUCACUAUAAUGAGGGUUACCUUAUUCUGGCGAAAAUUCAAAAGCUCAAAUGCUCACUAUUAUCACAAAUAUCUGUGACGUGCGAAAGCAGCCAUCAUAAUAGAAAACAUCUGUGUUUGUUUAUAUCAAUAUAUUACAUAUUUAAAAAUUGAGGAUUGAGUGUUACAAUUAGCAUGGAGGAGCUAUUCUUUGUAUAUGCGACAAUUGUUGAGGAGGAGGAAUCGGGGGGUAGGAGGAAAAUGUUGAAGGGUUUGCGAGAUAAAAGCGAUCCUUUUUCUAUGCAGGAAACAACAUUCAUUAAUACAUUUCGAUUCCCAAAAUCGCUAUGUAAAUUACUUAUAAGUGAAUUGGUGCCGCAUGAUGUGCAGAAGUCAAAUAUACCUUUUGAUCUGCGUUUCCUGGCGUGUUUAUAUUUUUACGGGCAUGGCUCUUACCAAAAAUGCGUUGGUAAUAGUUAUAUGCUCUCUAUGAGCCAGCCCUCUGUGUCUAGAGCUCUGCACUUUAUUUCGAAACUAAUUGUGGAUGUUAAGGGCAGUGAAAUUUGUUUCCCUUCAAGCGCGCAGGAUGUUUCGGAUACAAAGAAGGGAUUUUACACGAAAUUUGGGAUCAAGGGCACAAUCGGCGCAAUCGAUUGUACCCAUAUUGGGAUUGUUUCACCCUCAAACACAGACGCCACUACUCCUCUCUCACUUUUUAUGAACCGGAAAGAAUUUUACAGCCUUAAUGUAGAAACAGUUUGUGAUCAUCGACUUCUGUUCACCGCUGUCAAGGCGAGAUAUCCCGCGUCUUGCCAUGAUUCUGGUAUUUGGACCACGUCGCCAACACGUAUGCAUCUCACAAAUACCUACAACACGCAAAGUGAUUCGUGGUUGUUAGCUGACCAAGGAUAUCCAUUGGAGCCAUGGCUGUUAACGCCAGUCGCUGAACCUUCAAAUGCAAGGGAAGUGCGUUACAAUAAGUUGCACGCCAAAGCACGAAAUACCAUUGAGAGAGCCUUUGGUGUUUUGAAGUCACGAUUCCAGUGCCUCUCAAAACAUCGCAUUCCUCAUUACAGCCCUGAAAAAGCGUCUAUGAUUAUUUACGCGUGUACAAUUCUUCACAACAUUUUACUGAAGCAUGGUGUGGCUGCAGACCUUGGCUUUGAAGAAGUUUUAGAAGAAUCACAAGAUACCGAAAUUUUUUUCGAAAACCCCAAUUUUAGGAAGGGUGCUAGAGUAAGAGAACGUUACAUCAUGUCUUUAUAAUAUACAUACUUAUAUAGAUAUUUCCAGUGGCGUUAUGUACUAUAAAUAUAUAUAAAUAUAUAUACAUACAUACAUAUAUACAUAUAUGUAAGUUACUUACUGUCUCUGUACAUUUCACUUCC